GUCACAUCCCUCAGCACCACAGCCAGCUCCCUCCCGCAUUCUCACGCACACCCCUGUCCUUGUUUUGCGGAGCCAACUUUUGACUAUAGGCUGGUGGAGUUGUGAUUUGCGAAUGUUUUCUCUGUCCAUGCUUCUCAUGCGAGGUGGCAGACAGAAGGAAGACAGAAGAAAGAGGAUCUUCAGCACAACGCACUGAGAUGCAUUGAACAUCAUGCAGUGAAUGCUCCUCACACUAGAUUUCUUAUUUACCUUUAUUUUAGUGCUUAGCGCUGCAUCGAAGAUUGCAAGACGACGUGUAAAAGAGGAAGAAGACUUUACAGUGGAAAAAGACAAUCUGCAUGUGAAAGCACUGGAUCUAGUGCUAUCGGAGGCAAGCGAUGCAGCCUACUAGCAAGCUCCUGAGUCUCACCCUCCUUGUCUUGAUGGGCACCGAACUCACCCAAGUAGGUUUAAAAACGCCAUUUUACUCCCCAUUUAAGAUACCCAAACCAUGCUUAGCAAAUUAUCCUACAAAUUACCUAUUUAACAACGUUGUAGUCCUUGAGAUUUAAUAGAUUAUGAUAAACGAUAAAGGGAUUCCAUCCUCUUAAAAUUGAUAAGCGCUAAUGCGCGUUCACAGAGGCAUUUCUGUAGUCAAACUGUAUGCUAUCUAUUCCUGCUUAUCUAUAACAAAAAUUUGACAAAAUCAAAAUAAUCAAUUUAUUUAAUCAGUGACGUGGGGUAGGCUAUAUUGAAAUGUUUCAAUUGGCGUUUCACAUUCAAUGCAUCUAACUAAUUCCACAUUCACUCCAAUUAGGCUAUGUGAGAGAUAGGGUAAUCCACUUUAUAAUGUCUACAUUGAAAUCAGCGAGAAAUUUCACAGUGACAUCCUUGCAUCUAGACAAUUGCAAUUUGAUUUGAUAGUCCGAAUAUAAGAAAUAUGUCAGAGAAAAGUCUUAAUUAGAAAUCUUAUUAAAGCAUUGCAUAAACCAGAUUACACCCCAGAUUGUAGCCUAACAUGAAUAGACUUUUCUCGUUAUACUAACACUACAGACAAAAAUAUGAAAACAAAACUAUUUCAACACAGUAAUAAUAAUAGACUGCUGUUAUUGCUCAAAAAUUCGAAACAAUUCCAAAAUAUUAGACUUUUUCUAUGAUUAAUAACUCGUAUUAAUUUGUAAUGCUGGUCUUCAUGACCAUGUCCUUCUUAUCUCCAUCUUCUUUCCAAGGAAUUGUUUGUCUAUUCAGAGAUGCAUUGCACCCCACAGUGCCACAGCGCCUCCUCCUGGCUGCCACAAUACAACCUGUCAAACUUUCCUGGACACCAACAGGGGGUUCAGGCUUUUGUUCUAGACUAGCACUAAGACACUUGAUCACAUACUUAAUCAACUAAUCAUCAAGCUCGUGAUUAGUUGAAUGAAUCAGACAUUUGAUGGCAUUUGAAAGCACCAAAUGUCUGAUUCAUUCAACUAAUCAUUCUUAGUGCAUUCCUGAUGCUGGUAUGGCAGGCUAUGGCAAUACUAGGAAGAUGAUUGACUUUUGAAUUUCUUAUAAUCAUUCGCAAUCUGUUUGUAUUAUGAACAGUAAAUGUGAUGUAAUGUAUUGUAUUGUAUGUUAAUCACCUCUUUUUGAUCCCAAACAACUAACGAAAUAUAACCAACAACAUAGAUUAGAAAUCACUGGCCACUUUAAUAAAUGGAACACUAGUCAAGCAUUACUCAUCUCAUAUGUAUAUACUGUUUUAUAUACUAUUCUACUGUAUCUUAGUCUAUGCCGCUCUGACAUUGCUUGUCCAUAUAUUUAUUUAUAUAUUCUUAAUUCCAUUGCUUUACUUAGAUUUGUGUGUAUUGGGUAAAUGUUGUGAAAUUGUUAGAUAUUACUUGUUAGAUAUACUGCACUGUCGGAGCUAGAAACACAAGCAUUUCGCUACACCCGCAAUAACAUCUGCUAAAUACGUGUAUGUGACCAAUAAAAUUUGAUUUGAUUUAAUUUGAACAAACAAACAAAAUAAAUAUAUAUAGCUUAUUAAAUGUGGAAGAAAUAUAUUAUAUAUUUUAAACAAAAAUAAUUUUAAAAAAAGCAACAAAACAAUAGAUGACGCAAAACAAAUAUCUGUAACUCAUGAAAGAGAAAAUAAACAUAAAUAUAUGUUUUUUAAAGCUUAUCUUGAAUUUUUUUAAACGCAAAACUAGGCUACAGUUCCUGACAAAGGGACGUGCAAUACCAUUUGUAACGACAAGGUGGCGGAAUGUCCCUCGAUAUCCCUGGACCUGGUUGGUUAAACAAAACAGGUCAAGGACAGUGUUUUUCAGUACAGAUGCUGCCUGCCCUGAAUAUCCCAUUAUUGCGCCACGGAUGUUGUUUCAAAUCUCUACGAUUAAUCAGAUUUACUGUCAAACACUUACCAAGAUUACGUAUUGUCUACAUGUUUUUUCUGUGAAUGACAAUCAAAAUCCGGCAUAUCUUUAUUGGAUUAAAUGGGAUUUGUAGGCUACCUUGCUUUCUAUGGCACCCGUCAAGAGUUGUUGCUGAUGGUUUCAAUGUGGUUGGAUUAUUCCAGUUCUUGUCCCCAUAGUCAUCAAGCCACUGUUAUUAAAGUAGCCUAACCUACACAAUUAAGGUAUCCAGUCUGACAAUGUCGUUUAGGUUCGUUUUGUCUCCAUUGCGUUUGCAGGGUUUCAUACUUAAAUUGAUUAUAUCACACAAUUGACUUCAAUGUCUGAAGUCAUGCUAUUUAGAUAUUGUUUUCCUGUCAUGGUAUUUUCUUGUAUUUGGUGGCAAGGUACAUAGUGCUGUGGCAAGCGCGAAAGCGUGGCGCGGUGAAUUUAAUUUCAGCUGAGGGGUUUUUCUAUCCGUGCGCGGUGGGCGGGGGUAUUCAGCGAAUGGGAGAGGCGACUGAAUUUCCGUAAUCUUCUAAACUCAAAAGCGAUUGCGGGAGAACGGCUUCAUAUUUUCAAACAACUUCAUUGAGCCAUCAUCAAAGUGGCUUUUGAAGAGAGCGGAAAUCACCUGUCAGCCAAAGAUGUUCAAACCUAAACUCUCCGCUGUUGCAGCCCUGCGGAUGCAUCCGAUCACUGGCAAUAUGAAUUGCCUAGUUAGUUCUUCACUGGAAUGUGUACAAGGACAUUUUUGGUAAUACGAAAAGAGCGCAGAUAUGUCGGUGCCUUUACUGAAGAUUGGAGUGGUGUUGAGCACGAUGGCUAUGAUUACUAAUUGGAUGUCGCAGACGUUACCGUCCUUGGUGGGACUCAACACCAACAAGCUCUCGGUAGCAUCAGGAGGGACAUCGGACCGGAGCACCGGCGUGAGUGACAGCAGAUCCAGGAACCAUUAGAAUCAUGUACUGCAGAGGAUAGAUUGCAAUAAUAUAGGCUAAACUACGAAUAAAACUAAUAGAAACCAGUUAUUUAGUAGGCCUAUUCCUAUAAUUGGUUGGAAAUUGAAAUAAAAAACUGUUGUUGCUUGUGCAUCAAAAUCUGUAAAAAAUUGACUGUAAUGACUAUAGCCAAAACGAGUAGGCCUAUCCAUAAACAAAUAGCUGAAUAAACGGAAAAUCAUUAUCUUAUUAUUCUUGUUAGCCCUAGUGUAGGUUUCAAAAACUUUCACACAUACUUUGCUAAAUGGAUUAACUGAUAUAGAUUGGAGAAGAAGUGUGGCAAUGAUGGACAAUUAUAAAAGUUCUGCGAUUGUCUGUGACGAAUGUAAUUGAAUAUAAAGAGCAUAAUUAUGCUACAUUAUAUAAGUACACUAACAGAUAAUGUAGGCACAUUGUAGACAUAAUGUAUUUGAGCAUAACACACUGAAUGUCACUACUUGCCAGGGUUAAUCUAGAGCCAUAUUUCUGUUCAUAUUUCUAUUUAUGGCUCUGGAUUCAACCAUGUAGUAGAAAAGUUUUAACCAAUCCACAUUUAGAGCAGCCUCUGUACCGAAUUAUUACUCUGAAGGCUUAGUGCUAAAUAGGCUUGGUCCUCUGUAGUUCAGGUUGUAGAGCAUAGUGCUUGCACCGGCAGGAUAGUGUGUUCGAUUCCCGGGACCACCCGUACAUAAAAUGUAUGCAUGCAUGACUAUAAGCCGCGUUUGGAUAAAAAUGAGAAAUGGAAUAUAUAUAUAUAUAUAUAUAUAUAUAUAUAUAGAAUGACUCUGUUUUAUUGAAAGACUUUACCCCAUGACUUUAUUGGAGGGUUGAAACUGUAAGGUUUAAUUGACAUAAAUGGCACAGAUUAAAUUCCUGUAGGCUACAUUAAGUAUUUAGAAAUACUAGAUUAUUACUUAAUAUCAUCACAAUCUAGCAAAGCUAUUUCAGUAGAUUUACAAAGUUGUUUCCCUCAAUUUGAUGUCAUCUCCUUUUGUCAUCCCUGUAGUCUUUAGAAUGUGGACAGUCAUUUUGAUGGUUGGAGAUUAGGCGGGAGCAUACGGCAAGGUUCAACACUACAGAUGGCAUUUUACGUAAUCAUAUGCCAUCAUCUUAGAAAAAGGUUUUGUAAAUCCCUAUGGUGAAAAUAUUCUGCAUGAAACUGGCACACAUUCUUGGCAGAGAUCAUGAUUUUUGUCCAAACCUCCAAAAAUGUAAUGACAUUAUUUUGGAGUAAGCUAAUAUGUUUUAGCUAAGAGUAGUAAUGUAGUCUAUCUUAAACCCUGCACACUACUGAGCCAAUGUGAGCCGUGCCAAGCCAAACCAAGCUGAACUCUACUGGCCUGGUUACGCAUUCUCCACGGCUGCUGGAGCCGUGCUGGAGAGGACAAUGUGAAAGGAAAAUGUCUGAGCCAGCGCAGUAUUGUGUAAACAUGUUAAUACUGUCACAUCACAUCUCUAUAACCCUUUUUCAUUCAUCUCUCUCACCCCCUCUCUCACUGUCUGUGUGUCUCCCUGUAUGGCUGUCUGUCUCUCUCUCCCGAUCUGUCUUUCUCUCUCUCGCUCCCUGUCUGUCUCUCUCUCCCUGUCUGUCUCUCUCUCACUGUCUGUCUCUCUCUCCCUGUCUCUCUCUCUCCCUGUCUGUCUCUAUCUCCCUGUCUGUCUCUCUCCCUGUCUGUCUCUAUCUCCCUGUCUGUCUCUCUCCCUGUCUGUCUCUCUCUCCCUGUCUGUCUCUCUCCCUGUCUGUCUCUCUCCCUGUCUGUCUCUAUCUCCCUGUCUGUCUCUCUCCCUGUCUGUCUCUCUCUCCCUGUCUGUCUCUCUCUCCCCGUCUGUCUCUCUCUCCCCGUCUGUCUCUCUCUCCCUGUCUCUCUCUCUCCUUGUCUGUCUCCUCCUUGUCUGUCUCUCUCCCUGUCUGUCUCUCUCCCUGUCUGUCUCUCUCCCUGUCUGUCUCUCUCCUUGUCUGUCUCUCUCUCUCCCUGUCUGUCUCUCUCUCCCUGUCUCUCUCUCUCUCUCUCUCUCUCUCCCUGUCUGUCUGUCUGUCUGUCUGUCUGUCUGUCUGUCUGUCUGUCUGUCUGUCUGUCUUUCCCUCUCUCUCUCUCUCCCUGUCUGUCUCUCUCCCUUUCUGUCCGUCCUAGGUGCUCCCAGCCAACCCUGAGGAGUCAUGGCAGGUGUACAGCUCAGCACAGGACACGGAGGGCCGCUGUGUCUGCACCGUGGUGGCGCCUCAACAGUCCAUGUGCUCGCGGGACGCCAGGACCAAACAGCUCCGGCAGCUGCUAGAAAAAGUACCCCCCCCCCCAUGUAGCAUGAUGUACUACAGUACCCAUAACCCCCCACUACCAGACCUCUACUAGAACAAGCACCAUUCACCAGUUUCACCAUGACAACCAUCUCCCACUCACCCUCUCAUUUGUCUCUCCAUCUUCUUCUCAGCAGCAGCAGCCUCUGGCCAGAGGACUAGAGUUACUUGUAUGGCUCCUUGACAAUAGCAGUUCAGUUCACCCUGUAUUGCCAAUAUUGAUUUGCUGUCAUCAUCAUUUGAUAUGAUCUGACAUUCAGUCUUAUACAGUAGAUUUGUUUGGAGGCCAGAUGUUGUGCAACUUUGGCACCUUGAUGUGGAACAACCGGCAGUCCAUUUAUAGCAUACUCUCAAUCUCUGUCACUGCUGUGGGUAAUUUGGGGUCAGAAAUGCAUGUCUUUCUGAUUCGGCUUGAUCUUUAUGUACAUAUAACAGUAUGUUGCUCUUGAGCACUUGACAUGCUGUAUUCUCUGUCUAGAGACGUUAGAGGUUAUACAGUGUCAGAUUUUGCAGUCAGUUAUCCACACCAUAUCUACAAGAAAUUGUGUCAUGCACCAACAUUGUUGAAGGAGCAUUGAUGGCCAAAGUCUAUAUCUUCGCGUUUAUUGGGUGUAUAACUUGUUUAUUUUGAUUCCAAAAAUGGAAUCAAAUAAUAAGCCUGGGAAGACCCGAAUACACUAGUGUUUAGGGCUGUAUUUAAGUGUAUUUAGGGGCUUUAAGAGACAUGUAUUUCUAAUUUCCCCUGUGUUAGGUCCAGAACAUGACCCAGUCUAUCCAGGUGCUAGACCAGCGGACCCAGAGAGACCUGCAGUACGUUGAGAGGAUGGAGGUCCAGCUGAAAGGUCUGGAGACCAAGUUUAAACAGGUGGAGGAGAACCACAAGCAGAACAUUGCCAGGCAAUACAAGGUAUGUCAAUAUUUCUCUUAGGGUUGCUAAAUUCCGGGAACUUUCAAUACAUUUCCUGUUUUUCCAGAAAUCCUGGUUGGAGGAUUCCGGAUUUGCUGCUUAUUCCCUUCCGAUUCCUUGAACCUCCAACUGGGAUUUAGUGAAAACCAGGGAAUUUAUUUAAAGUUCCCGGAAUUUUGCAACCCUACUCUUACAUAGAUAACAUUGUACAAAGAGAUGUGCUGUAAGUGGAGUUCUGGGUCCAUAUUUAUUAAGCCUCUCAGAGUAGGAGUACUGAUCUAGGAUCAGGAACUAUUCUGAUGACAUUUGUUAGUGUGUAUGUGUGUGUGUGUUCCCCACCUAUCCUCACCAAUGCUAUGUUUAUGCUAUGUGUCUGUCAUGAGCAACCCUGGGAGUGAUGACCCUUGCACGUUUUGUGUGUGUAUAUUAGGCUAGUGAGUUAGAUUAUUCAACACUCAACAGUAUCUCAUUUUCUUGCUUGCAGGGCUAACUUUAGGAAAUUAUAUCAAAGCUGCAGAGACUGAAGAGGCAGUUCUAUCCCAGUGUUCUAUCCCUGAACUUGACCACUGACUAUUUUCACCAUGCAGUUUAUUUGAAAACUAGCAUCCUUUUCACCCUCAGACCUGCACUACUCUUUGCAUUUCUGCAUGUUACUGUAGAUGCAUUCGAUUAAUAGAUUUAGUUCUGUUUAUUUUUUAUAUAUUUUUUUUAUUAUUCAAUUCCAUAUCCUGUUUAGUUUUGUCAAUGCAUAACUGUUUACCACAAAAAAAAUACUGAAACAUUGUUGUAUGUGACACAAAAGCAUGUAACCCUAAGAUGUUGCAUUUUAAAAGGUGAAAAUAAAAUAUUUUCCCAAUUGUUUUUGGUGUACCGAGGACUUGUUUCAUGCUACUUAUGUUUGUGAUGAUGUCACAUCUGCUCAUGAUACUGUUGAAUGUGUUAGGUCCACUCUGAAUUCACCUUAGGGAGACAGCCAGAGUAGGGCAAGACAGGUGUGGAACACCCAUUUGCUCACUUAACACUGAACCAAGCCUAUUUUAACCUUUCAGGCAAUAGAAGCGAAAAUGGAGGAACUUAGGCCAUUGAUACCAGUGUUGGAGGAGUACAAAGCCGAUGCAAAAUUGGUAUUGCGGUUUAAAGAGGAGCUCCAGAAUCUGACGUCUGUGCUAAACGAACUCCAGGAGGAGAUCGGCGCCUAUGACUACGAGGAGCUACAAAACAGAGUGUCAAAUCUUGAAGAGAGGCUUCGUGCAUGCAUGCAAAAAUUAGGUAGGCUCAGAGAUCACCAAAACACCCCCUUUGCUUCCUUGUGCAAGGGGCCAAUCAGAUCUACAGUAGUCAUUCUUCUCACACCAACAGAUCUCUAUCUAUCCACCGCACCUCCUGUACAUGCUCUACCCCUACAGGAUAGCUUUAACAUACUCAGUCAUUCUCUCAUGUUAGGCAAUCACAAAUGCCUUGACCACAUUAAUGCUUAACAAUAAUGCUGAUGAAAAAAUAAAUUUCUCAUAUGUCAAGUUAGACGCUAUUUAAACAUGUUAGGAUUUAGAGUUGUUAGCGGAUUUGGAUUAAGUUUUGCUAAUGUAAUCCUAUUAAACCGUAACUACACUAGCACGUCAUGUUAUGUGUGCCAGAAAUGAGCUGUGAGCUUAUGUCCACUUCAUGGCCAAAAGCUUCAUACCAUUGGAGCGGCAGUCAUCUAAAAAUAGUUCCAGGAUGUAACAACUGACAGAUUAUUUCUCUCAGUAAUCUCUUUGUUGCAUGGGUUGUUCACAGGAUUGUAUACAAGGGCAAAGUAGAUGGCACGAUGUGUGUCUAAGCCAAGGGCUCUCCCAGCAUAUACAGUAGAUACAUACAGUAGAUACAUACAGUAGCCCAUCUAUUACCAUAUUUCUACGAUUGAUUUUGUGACAUGCUAACAGUAAGUGAAAGGCUGAACAGACAAUGAAUGGUGCAAAAUGCAUGAUUCAAAAUAAAAUAGGAGGAAAUAGGUAGAAGAAAUCCAAUUGUAAGGAAUGAGGCAUUGAAGUCGUUUUCCUUUGUGCCACUGUGCUUUGACUGUUAGGAUGCCAACUGUAGCUCUAGGGAUGACCCUGUAGGCAGGGAGUUGAGCCAAUGUGCUGGAAAAUUCUUAGAGAUUAAAGAAGGGCUCACUUCAAUUUCAGAGGAUUAUCCAUUUUUGUUUCAAGCGCUCAGCUAUAACUCUCCAAGUACUAUAGCUAUGGUAGACGGCAUACACUACCCAGCUAGCACAUUUGGUUCCUUUGAAGUUGUGGGAACAACUUUUUUUAGUUUCACAUUGGUUGUGGGAACGAAGCCAUAUGUUUCCUGACCAGUAAAAUUUAACGUUUUUUAAAACGUUCUGAGAACAGAAGUGAAAACUUACUCUGGUUCCUUGAAAGUUUUCCUGGGAGGUUUUAUUAACGCUCUGAGAAGGAAAAUUGUAGGUUAUUUGGAGGUUUUUGAAUAACUUCCUUAACUUUCACUGAAUGUUUCAAUAAGACUUUUAUUCUAGCUUAUUUUGGGUUACAUGUUUAACUCCAAGCACAGAUGGGACACAUGGAAAUGUAUUUCCUUAGACAUUAAUCAUGCAAACAUCUUUAUUUUUUAUUGUGACACAGCAUCAGUUAGAUUUGAACCUAUAAUCUUCUGUUGUGUAUCCAUGGAAUUAGUCCACUGCACCACCAUGAUGGAGCGAGGAUGUCAUGUUUUUUUUUACGCAUACAAAGCUGUUAAUUUUAGUCUAUUCAAACAGACCCCAUUUCAAAGAAAACAAACACUCAUUAAGAUCAGAUGUGGCCAAUUUGUGGUCGCGGCCAACACACCUGAACAUACUUAACAAGAUAGAGGAUAGAGAGAGUUUUGUUGAUGCUGAGAACGGAAUGUAUUUGUUUUUAAAUAACAUUCUUAGAACCUUCUCUGAACAUUACUAACGGUUUCUUGUGGUUUUUAUGGAAAGUUUGCUAAACGUUCUCAGAACAAUUUGAGAACAUGAGGAAACGUUAGCUAACAAGGCUUCUGUUUGCUGUGAACAUGUUGCCAGAGUAACAAUUUCAGUUGAACGAUUUGAAUAAACAUUCCAAAAUGUUAUGGUGAAACCUCAAACACCUACUUUUUGAAAGGAUUACUGUGACUUUUUAGCAACAAUAUUCAAACUGAAAAUAAGUUAGCUAUUUCUACUAAAUAUCGUAGAAAGUCUACAUGGCCACUUUAUUAUUUUUAGUGGCAGUUUAGACCCGAAACAGACACUUACGUUCGCCGCACACUACCUUCUCGGACUGUUCACUAACGUUAGCGAACGGUCGUGGCUAAUACAAAACAAAUGGAAUAUGUUAGCUAACGGUAGCCACCAUUCGCAAACUAUUUCCCUUGUUUAAUGCAACUCUGUAGGAAAUGUUACGCUGAAGUACAGACAUUUCCACAGAAACUUUCUCGGAACUAUUUGAGAACAUUCCCAAAGUCAAACCAGAUAGAGAACGUUCCCAGAACAUUACCAAAAAUGAAAUGAAAUGUAACCAUGUUUGAACUUUAAGGAAACGUUCUGUUAAAGUAAUGAACAUUUCGUUUUUUUGUCAAGUUCCUUAAAUGUGCUGAGAAUGUUCCAAAGCCUAGCAACUAUCCUGCAGAAAAGUCUGUUUUCAUUAUUCAUAAGUAAUGUUAUCAUUUAUCUAUGACAUUGAAAAUAUACUGUUGUACAGAGAGACCACAAGCCACAAGGUGUUGCAGCACUCUGUUACCUUGGAAUUGCACAUUUCUCAACAUUGGCUCACACCUUGUGGCUUUGUGGUCUGUGUACAACAGUAUCCUUUCAAUGUCAUAGAUAAAUGAUAACAUUACUUAUGAAUAAUGAAAACUGAUUUUAUUGUCCAAAUACAUCAUUCUGAGGCAGAGAAAUAGAUGGCUAAAGCAGGAGAUCUAGAUUCUGGCACACACAUUUAUACAGUUAAUUCUAGAAAGCCUCCAGCUAAAACAGUAUUGUCAAAACCUGAAGAAAUCACUGAACUGAUCAAUAGAUUGUAAUACUAAAGCUGGAUUUGUCAUCAUAAACAAGUCAUGUUGAAAUUAUAAUUUUCAACAUAAUUAUAUUUAAAGUAUAGUAGAUCACUGACCUAUGCACGCACACACACACACACUAUGUUUUACAACCUAUAGACACCAUUGAUUGUCCAGAGAUAAAUGUAGUAUCUGGCAUUGUGUCUUUGGCUCUUGCAGCAUGUGGGAAACUGACAGGGAUCAGCGAUCCAAUCACAAUUAAAACGUCUGGAUCAAGGUUUGGAUCCUGGAUGACUGACCCCCUGGCUCCUGAAGACGACACUAGGGUAGGUCUGGUCCUGCAAUACCUAUCCUAUUCAUUAUACAGUUAACACGGACUCAAAAAAAAACGUUCUUAUCAAUUAUGCAAUUGGGAGGACACUCAGGACAGAUUUGCGGUGUUGUAAAAUAGCAGCUGUAAGAUGUUAGCUAGUAUGUUUGUAUUAAAAGGUUUGUAUGGAUCACAACUUUAGUAAUGUGUUCUCAUGCCUCACUGUCUGGGAUUAGCUCACUGGCCUGAAAAGAGCCGUAAGCACCACAACACAUUCUGAUGCUAAUCUGGAAGGUAGCUACAUCUCCUGGUUGUCAUUGCAGUAAACUAUGUAUUUUUAGGGAAUGAAAUACAUGAAUCACAGGAUUGGAUAAAAGUUAUUUGUAAAUUUUUAUGUGUUGCACAUACUAAAAUAUCACUUGUUAUCCUGCAGAACUUGUUGUUAAAUUCAUUAAGGAAUACCACUGACAUUGGAGUGGACACACUCUAUCCAUCUACUUACUACCUGUUCUCCAGCUUUAAAUUCAUGAAGACACAAGCACUUAAAAGAUAAUUACUUGAGCAGAGACUUCCGUUGCAGAUCUGAGGGUCGAAGCCCUGGCUUUGUGGAGAGAGUGUGUCUAUGAAACCUUUGAUUUCAUUUAGUCUCAGAGUUACAGCAGAAAGACCACAAUCUCACAGAAAAGUUGACAAUAACAUGCUAUACCUGAGAUUUAGGACUUUUUAAUGCACUUGUAUUCCCAUCUAGGUGUGGUACAUGGACGGCUACCACAACAAUCGAUUUGUGCGGGAGUACAAGUCCAUCUACGACUUCAUGAAUUCCGACAACUUUACGUCUCACCGCCUCCCCCACCCGUGGUCAGGCACAGGCCAGGUGGUCUACAACGGUUCCAUCUACUUCAACAAGUUCCAGAGCCACACCAUCAUCAAGUUUGACUUCAAGACCUCCGUCAUCAGCAAGUCACGCCAGCUGGACUACGCCGGCUACAACAACAUGUACCACUACUCCUGGGGUGGCCACUCAGACAUCGACCUCAUGGUGGACGAGAGUGGGCUCUGGGCCGUCUACGCCACCAAUCAGAACGCAGGGAACAUUGUCAUCAGCAAACUGAACCCCAACACCCUGCAGAUCGUCAAGAGCUGGACUACCAACCACCCCAAGAGGAGCGCAGGAGAGGCCUUCAUGAUAUGUGGUACGCUGUAUGUCACCAAUGGCUACUCCGGUGGGACCAAGGUGUAUUAUGCCUUCAGCACCAACUCGUCCACCUAUGAGUACAUUGACAUACCAUUCCAGAAUAAGUACUCUCACAUCUCCAUGCUGGACUAUAACCCUAAAGACAGAGCACUGUACGCGUGGAAUAAUGGUCACCAGGUGCUUUACAAUGUCACUUUGUUCCAU